GUUCGAAAUUUUUGGAACACGGCAACAAUUUGGCCAUGACAAUUCAAAAUAAAGCCUAGCAAAAUUUCGCUAUAAUUUGAGAAUUUGUGCAUUAUCAACAGUUAUUUACAUCAGUAAAGAAAACUUCUAAAAAAUUUUAUCAAUAUUCAAAAAAUAAAAAUGCCUUCACUCUUUGCUGGCAUAUAUUUGCAAGAUAAACCAAAUGAAUUUCUUCCUUUGGAUGAUAUCGACUUUGAUCGUAAUGUGAAUUAUUUAAAAGAAGAAAUUGCUAAAAAGGUGCAGUGCGAUGCAACAAAUUUGGAAUUAAUAUAUAAAGGUUCAGCACUGAAAGAUGAAAAUAAAUUAUUAGAAACUAUUUGCCCCAAUGGAACGGUACAUUGUUUCAACAAGACAAAGCAACAUUUGCCAUACGUGCCACCAGAAGAUGUGUUAACACCUGCGAAUAUAACCCGUAUUCAUGAACUUUUUAAUGUAAUUGCACACACUCAAAUAAAUGUGAACUCACGUGUUAAUAUCCUGCAAAAAGUAUUGGUAAAGUAUCCAGAAUUUCGUCAUAAUUUGGGAGCACAAGCCCUCGUUAGAGAUUCCGUGCUUUUUAAUACUCUCCAUCAUCCAGAAGUAGUUAAAAGUGUUUCAGAGACCUAUCCCAUUAUAUGUGAGGCUGCUCCUUUUAUGGUAGAUACUAUUAAGAAAGAACUGGCUCGAAGUUCAUCUACUACACUUUCAGAACCGGCGACUGAUUCGACCAAUUCAUCUGAGGAGGAAAAUUCAAUGAGCGCUAGCACAAGUAAUGAACGACCUACAACGGCUUCACAAUCGGAAAAUUCACGCAUACGUAUGAUAAGCCGUCAGCAAUUACAAGCCGCAUUAGCACGAAUUGGCGUCGGUUCGGUGAAUUCAUUGUCAAACAUUGCUCAGAGAAAUAGUGAUAAUGUAAAUGUACCACGGGCCACCGGUACUUCAGAUGCAACUGUCGAUACAUCUGCACCACUAUCCAACUCAACUAGUGGGGAACGUAUUUCAUCAACAAUGUUUCGAUCGGAAUUACAACGAGCAUUAGAAUCUUUGAGCCAACGUGGCAGUCAAGUUAGUGGUUCUGGUAGUAGUAAUAGUCAUCAGGGCAGAGAUUCGCAACAAAUGGACACGACAGAAACAUCAUCUAUGGAUAAUGUUACAGAAGACGUCAGUGACGAACUGCCGCCCCAGUAUCGCUCGCAUCAAUAUGCCAACGAAUUACGAACUAUGGUACAAAUGGGUUUACUCAACUACGAAGACAAUCUAGUAUAUUUGACUAUAGCAAGUGGUAAUAUUGAUGUUGCUAUUAACCUCCUAAUGGGAUCAAUGAAUUAAUGAAAUAGAAAGAGAUGAGAACUGAGAUGUUUUUAAUUGGAUGAUAAAUAAACACAAAACGUGUACGUUGCGAAAACAAAGGAAUUAGGCAUCCUAUUUCAACGAUCUGUAGACUGCGAAAAUAAAAUAUACGUUAAUAUAUAUUCAUGUA